AUGGUCUUGGGUGGAAUCAGGCAUUGGCAUCCCAUAUGGAGCACCAAAGAACUGUUGUCCACCGCCAGAUGCAUAGGAAGGAAAAGGAAAUUGAGGAGCAGCAAUAAUCCAUUUGACUUUCUCGUCAAGAAACUGACCCGAGUCUUGACGUGGGCCCUCCUGGCCCUGAGAGUCAAAAUUCUGCUGAGGAAAGCGAUUCUGUGUAGCAGCCCUAUCAGCCCCCCCAUGCGACUGAUUACUACUACUCUCGAAAACUUGACUGGAAAAAUUCGGCUGCAUAACGGGCCUCUGGUUUUUGUCUUCACGGUCGUUAACCUGAGGGAGAUCGGCGUGGGCCCCACGGAUGUGAGACUCAAAUUCAGACUUCUUCAAGAAGGACUUGAGGCAGUGGGGUGCCGCACAUAUAAAUAUCCUUUCCAUCAUUUUGAUUGUUUGGAUCUUUUGAACGCGUUCGUCACAGCUGAGUUUUACCAGAAGAUGAAUGGCAAAAAAGGGGAAGGAAGAAGAACCAUUUAUCAGAUUAUUAAAAUGUUCGACAGUGAAACUUUGUCAUGGCAAGUAGCAAAGGGAAUCACUUCUAGCACAGUCCAAACAGAAGGCAUGCUCGCAGGGGCUCUGCAGUGA